AUGUAUCGCGAUCAUGAUCCCGAUAAAAAGAAGGGCCACAAUAGUGAAGAUCCAACGAUGACGAAAUCCGAUCCAGCCGAUAGCCAGCUUGAAAACUUCAAGAAAGGAACACCGAAGCCAAAAGUAAUUACAAUGUCUAAUGGAGCUCCAAUCAAUGACAAGAAUAAUUCGCUUACGGUUGGACCACGUGGCCCAUUGCUGAUGCAGGAUGUAGUCUUUAUGGAUGAAAUGGCUCAUUUCGAUAGAGAACGAAUUCCAGAGCGAGUUGUGCACGCUAAAGGAGGAGGGGCUCAUGGCUACUUCGAGGUUACACAUGACAUCUCUAAAUACUGCAAAGCAAAUCUUUUCAAUAAAGUCGGCAAACAGACGCCAGUAUUCGUUCGUUUUUCGACUGUUGGCGGCGAAGCUGGUUCAGCUGAUACUGCUCGGGAUCCACGUGGAUUUGCUGUGAAGUUCUAUACUGAAGAAGGAAAUUGGGAUUUGGUUGGAAACAACACCCCAAUCUUCUUCAUCCGUGAUGCUAUCCUGUUCCCGAAUUUCAUCCAUACACAGAAAAGAAAUCCACAAACUCAUCUGAAAGAUGCGAACGCCAUGUGGGACUUCUGGGGUCUUCGUCCAGAAAGCACACAUCAGGUCAUGUUCCUGAUGUCGGAUCGCGGUACUCCAGAUGGUUUCCGCCAUAUGAACGGUUACGGUUCACAUACAUUCAAAAUGGUCAAUGCUGAGGGAAAGGCAGUAUACUGCAAGUUCCACUUCAAGGCACAAAAGAUCAAGAACCUCAUGGCUGAUGAAGCUGCGCGUUUGGCUGGAGAAGAUCCGGAUUAUGCUGUACGCGAUUUGUAUAACGCUAUCGAGAGGGGCGAUUAUCCAGAGUGGAAAUUCUGCAUCCAGGUGAUGACAUUCGAACAAGCUGAGAAUUGGCCGAUGAAUCCCUUCGAUGUGACGAAAGUAUGGCCUCACAGUGAAUUCCCGUUGAUUCCAGUCGGAAAGAUGGUGUUGAACAGGAAUCCAAAGAACUACUUCGCAGAGGUGGAGCAAUCAGCGUUCUGUCCAGCUCAUGUUGUGCCCGGAAUUGAAUUUUCUCCGGACAAGAUGUUGCAAGGACGUCUGUUCUCUUACACGGACACCCAAUACCAUAGGCUAGGAACCAACUUUAUGCAACUUCCCAUCAACUGUCCUUAUCGAGCACGCGCACAUAAUACUCAACGAGAUGGACCUGCGACUUAUGAUAAUCAAGGAGAUGUGCCAAAUUACUUCCCGAAUAGUUUCAAUGGGCAUGUGACGUGCCCGCGUUCCGCUGAAAGCAGGUUUACUUUAAGCGGAGAUGUUGCACGUCACGAUCCUGGCGUUGAUGAUGUCUUCGAGCAGCCCAGAAUCUUCUACAGAAAGGUACUCAACGAUCAAGAGAGAGCUCGUUUGAUACAAAAUAUCUUUGACACAAUGAAGGAUUGUAAAACUUACAUCCAAGAUCGUGCCAUACAGAACUUUGGAAAAGUUGAUCCCGAACUUGGAAACAGAAUUAGGAAACUAGUCGAUACCUACAACUCUGAAAAGCAAGCACGACCACACAUCUAAGCAGCUGUCUCAACCGCCGAGCUAUAUCUAAUAUAGUUUAGAAAUGGCAGUUUGACUCACACAUUAUAUACUUUGCAAUA